UUUUGUAUAAUUAUGGAGAAUAAACUUAUUGGAUUGAACGAUUUUGAUAUGGUUUGUAGGAUUUGUUUGAACAAAAAAGAAAAUAUGAUUUCGAUGUUUGAAACUGCACUACUUCCAAAUUUAAUAAAAACAUACAGAGAAAUGUUAGAAGAAUGUGCUUCAGUACACAUAUCUUCUGAUGAUUUAUUACCAAAAAAAUUGUGCUCCGAAUGUCUAAAAUACUUAGAACAAUCUUAUAAAUUUAAAAUACAAUAUUUAUCAACUGAAAAAUUAUUAGAAGAAAUUAUUAAACGAAACGCACAACCGAACAUAAAAGUAGAAGUUUCGAUUGACGAAGAUGAUGAUUUUAAAAACGAAGAUAAUUCUUUUAAUUUUUAUAAAUCGGACGAAGCAUCUGAAAAUGAACAUAAGAAAAAGUUAAAAAACAACGUUUCAGAUAAGUAUCGUAAAAUUAAAAAAUAUAAAUGUGAAGAAUGUGAAAUGAGAUUUCAUUUAAAAACAAAAUUUUAUAUUCAUCAAAAACGAAUACAUUCUAAAACUAUGAAAUGUAUGUACUGUAAUGAAGUUUUUCAAUCGCUAGAAGAUAUAAAAAACCAUUCACCGGAAGUAAAUCGUUGUAAACUGUGUAAACAAGAUUUAGGUUGUAAAAAUGUUCUAAAAGAUCAUUUAAAAGAACAUACAAUAUGUAAAAUGUGUGGCCAGAAAUUUGAAAGUAUAGAAUUAUGUAACGAACAUCAAAAGACUCAUACAGAUAAAUUCCAUUUAUGUCCGUAUUGCGGUAAAUCGUUUUCAGAUUAUACUUACAUUAUUCAUAUACGAACACAUACAGGAGAAAAACCAUAUCUCUGCACCCAAUGCGAUGCCAAAUUUACCGAUAGUUACAGCUUACGCAAACAUUCGGUUACGCAUUUAAAUGUACGAAACUUUGAAUGUGAUAUUUGUAAAAAUAAAUAUAAAAGUAAAGUUCAUUUAAAUAAACAUAAAUUUAUACAUAAAGAAGAGAAAAAUUAUACUUGUGAUAUUUGUAGCAAACAGUUUAAAAGAAAAGAUACUUUAAGUGAUCAUAAAAAAAUUCAUACUGGAGAACGAAAUUAUAUUUGUACAUACUGUAAUAGAGCAUUUAUGAAAUCAAGUAAUUUAAAAAGACAUUUACGAACUCAUACUGGAGAAAAACCGUUUACUUGUAGUAAAUGUGGAAAGAAUUUUAGGCAGAAGCAUGUCCUAAAUAGUCACAUGAAAACACAUUCAGAAUUGAAACAUUUGAAACGAAUUCAUUCCAAAAACAUGAAAUGUAUGUCUUGUGAUAAAAUAUUUAAAUCUCUAGAAGAUGUAAGAGAACAUUCACCAGAACUACUUCGUUGCAAAAUAUGUAAAGAAAAUUUUAGGUGUAAAAAUAAGUUAACAGAGCAUCUAAAUGUACACACAAUGUGCACAUUGUGUGAUCUAAAAUUUCAAAGUAUAGAAUUAUGUAAUAAACAUCUAAAGACUCAUCAUGCAAAUAAAAUUCGUUUAUGUACACAUUGUGGGAAAUCGUUUACAAAUAGUUCAAAUUACAUAGUUCAUGUUCGAGGUCAUACAGGGGAAAAACCAUUUCAAUGUACUCAAUGUGAUUCAAAAUUUACGGACAGUAGAAGAUUAAGUAAACAUUCAGUAAAGCAUCUAAACGAAAGAAACUUUCAAUGUGAAAUAUGUAGCAAACUGUUUAAGAGAAAGGAUACUUUACGUGACCAUGAAAAAAUUCAUACUGGUCAACGAAAUUAUAUUUGUGCAUACUGUAAUAAAGCAUUUAUGAAAUCAAGUAAUUUAAAAAGACAUUUACGAACUCAUACUGGAGAAAAACCGUUUAGUUGUAGUAAAUGUGAGAAAAGUUUUAGGCAGAAAUGUGUACUCACUAGUCACAUGAAAACACAUUCAGAAUUGGUUGAAUAAUAACAAUUAUUUAGAAUAAAUAAGAAGUGUAUAU